CCUCCUGACCUGUUAUAAAAGCGCUGCCUUCCUGCUUGACAGUUGCUGGGUCUGUUUCCUUUCUUCUCAUCGUGUUGAUAAUUUCCCACUUUAGGUUUCAUGUUUUUUUUUCUUUCUCUCUGAUACCUCAGGCUGUUGUUUGACCAUUAGAGGAGUGUAAAGGCUGUCCUGCCCUAGUGCAGUGCUGGGACAUCUUAGCUUGGAGAGGUUUCUUGCUACUUCUUUGUGUUGGUUUGCAUCCUUUUUCUUGAUGGGCCUUCAAAGUCAUCUCUGACCCUCGUUCGCUCUUGUUAACUUGUACGGUCAGGCAUUGUUACCAGCUGGGGACUAAUCCACGCCAAAUCGCUGAAUGUCUUUCAGCCUUCCAGGUUCACUGGACCUAUUGGCACUUGCAGCACGAUAGGGCCCCCAGUUUGCACUGGUAAUAAAACCAUGAGGCUCCGGUGUUUUGUUUUGAAAGCUUUGCCCAGCUCUCAGGUUUAUCCUGCGGGGCUAAAUGGGGUCUGGGAUUACAGCCUGGUGCCAUCAAAACUGUGCACGUCAGCUCAACUAGGUGUAUCGGGAGAACGCUUGCGUUGGUGAGCGUUGCGCAUCAGCCGUGAGCGGUGUGGUGAUGAGCUCUGGGCACCGACACAGAAAAACGCAGGUCAGGCCAGCAUGGAUGCCACUCUGUGCAGGUGGGAGAAACACGGAGAGAAGACAUGGAGCAAAUACCUUUAAAAUGAACAUUUCUGUGUUGAGCACUCAGCUGCUGAAAUGGUUGGCCAAUUUAAAGUGGCUUUAAUCACGAUUUCAAGGAUGCUGCCUUAUCUGGCACGAGAUGUACACGCCUCACGGCAAUGGGCAGCUGGCGGAGAGGUGGGACGCGAGUUUGUGCUUCAGUGAGGGAGUACCUCUGAAAUCUGAACCUUCUGGCUGGUGGAGAACGCCGCUGAGUCUUCUCUCCGCUGCAGGACUGAGGAGGAAGGGGGAAGAGAAAGGCGGAUUGGGAAUGCCUCCGCCUCGGGAAAAGCUUUGAUCAGAUCUGAUGCUUUAUUAGAUGGGGGAUAAUCCAGUCAUGAGAUGCAAAACUAUGAGACAGAAGCAGAGGAUGGGGCUUCAGGGGCUGGGCUUCCUGCAGACCCUCUGGAUGCCAAUUAGGGCUGUGUUACAGCAGGGCUCCCACCUGCAUCCUGCACUUCCAGGACAUCCUUGACUCUGCUGCUGUUGUACUGGCGAUUUCCAUAGCUCUGCCAGCAAAACCCUCGGAGUGAUCAGUACUUUCGUGAUUGAUACUUGUAUUUUGGUUAAUUUUAAGUGAAGGAGAAGGUUCUCGGGUGUUUCACCUUUUUGUUAAUUCCUGGUUUCAAAUCUCCUUUUACUUUCAAGUUCUUCUGUAAUUGCAUACUGCAGAGUGGCAGAGGCUGCAGGUUUUCUUGUCACUUCUCCAAAGACUUUACAUUUAGAUUUAUCAUUUAUUUUUAAACAAAAUCUGUUUAUAAUAGAUCUGUGUCCAUCACUGUCCCAUUUGGGAAGUUCACCACAGCCAACGUGGCAGGCCUGCUGGCCCCCCCUUUAUCCCAGAGGGGACGUACACACCCACUCUGCCUGAGCCAAGGAGGAUCUCCACCAGCUGUCGUGCAAUAUAAAGCCCAUUUCAGGGGCUCGCUAGAAUUUUACAUGGUCCUCCUGUUCGUGGUGAGUGUCUGUACUCAUCAUCACCUCCAGUUCUGUCUGACAAAAGCCGGUGGCAUGAAUCAGCUAAUGUGAGUUGACAUUUAUUAGUAAAAGACAAGAUGAAGACAUCUACUUGAGAAUUCCCCACCCACCCUCAGUUAUUUGAUGAUUUUAAAUACUCCAUAACGAGGGCAGACAGUAGAGUUGAGACCUGUGAGGCACAUGAUGCGUGCCGUUUCAAGCGUACUGGGAUAUACUAAAACUAAGGAUAAUAGGAGGAGAUUGGUUUAAAACAAAUGCAACUAAGUACUUCUUUACACAGCAAGAGUGAACUUCGGGAAUUAAUUAUUAGAGGAGGUGGUGGAGGCAGCAUCAAGGGGUUCAAGAAAGGGUGAGAGAAGUUCCAGGAUGUCAGGUCUGUAAACGGGUACCAAAACCUAUACAGGGUUUUUUCCCUCUGAUAUCCCUAACCCAUGAAAUUGCUAUUUGUCUUCUCAAGAACUCCAGUGGUGUAAAACCACUGUCAGAGGAGGCUCUUGCAUUGGUUGUGUGUUUUUGCAGAGGAGGACUGUAAGAAGUACUUGCAAAGGAAGCAGGAGCAGGCCGACCAGCCGCUUCAAGUGCCAGCAGUAGACAGCAGCGUGCCGAGGACGUCGGAACUGAUGGGCAUCACCACCAGGGAUGAUCCGUACGGGAGCGGGACGGAGAUGUUUGAUGCCUUUAUCUGCUACUGCCAGAAAGACCUUCAGUUUGUCCAGGAGAUGAUCAGGGAGCUGGAACAAACAGAGUUCAAACUGAAGCUCUGUGUAUUCGACCGGGAUGUCUUGCCAGGAACGUGUGUGUGGUCCAUCAGUGGAGAACUUAUAGAAAGGAGGUGUCGGAGGAUGGUGGUCGUCAUUUCGGAUGAUUACCUGGAAAGCGAUGAAUGUGAUUUUCAGACCAAAUUUGCUCUUAGUCUUUCCCCAGGUGCUCGUCUCAAACGGCUGAUUCCAGUCAAGUGCAAAACCAUGAAGAACGAGUUCCCAAGUAUCUUACGGUUCAUUACAAUUUGUGACUACACCAAUCCUUGCACCAAAAAGUGGUUCUGGACGAGACUGGCAAAAUCCCUCAUGCUGCCGUGAUGCAAAGUCACGAGAGCCAGGCACUCUUCUGCGAUCUGUGCCUUCGGGCUGUGGGUGUCGUUCAUGCGGGGGCUUUUACCACUUCAGAACCUGCAUCCUUCCAAUCGGUGUUUGGAGCCUGCGACCGGGAGCAAAGAAUUUUCUCUAGCACUUUUUUUAUAACUCGGAAUGGGAAAUAAAGCAACUGUGGGGAUGUUCCUGCUCAAGUCAGUCAGCAGCAGCACCCAGCGCUUCGGGUAGCACGCC